CGCCCGGGCUGCUGCCUGACGCGGAGACCUCCACGUUGUGCGGGGAACCGCCCAGCCCAGCUCCCGGCUCCCAGCCCCGCUACCGGGUGUGUGCCGGGGGGGAAUUCAGCCCGCGAUCGCGCCUGCGCAGCUGCGGCGGUCCCCUCUUUCCGCAGCGCCGGGCUCCGCCUGGCCUCGAAGUCAAGCGCUCCCGGGCGCGCUGCGGUCGGUGGAACAGCCCCUCCCGGAGCUUUCGGACGUUGAGCUGCCGGAGAUGCGUUUUGCGUCCCUCUCCGUGGGUGAGAGUGAGUCUCGCCCUGGUGGCUCGCGGGUAGGGAAGGCGUCGUCUGUCUGGUGGCUGAGCCCGCACACCUUAGGUGCGGCGUCGCAGAUCACGCAGGUCCCGGGUCCCUGAGGAGAGUGUUCACGUCUAGGGGGAAGAGCUGGGUAAACGGAUGGAUGCGUUAAAGAAGAAAGAUGUCGGAAGAUGCGACCUGAAACUGACAGCAGUACAAGCAUGGUCUUAAGAAAUGUGGAGCAGGAAGUCAUUGUGUGACUAACACAUUUUCAUCAGAUUUCCUCUGAUUUACUGUGAAGUGUAUGUCAGAAUGACGUGCACUGCCAAGAAAUGUGGAAUCAGGUUCCAGCCUCCAGCUAUUAUCUUAAUCUACGAGAAUGAAAUGAAAGGGAAAAAUCGCCAGCGCAUCAUGCCAGUCCGAAACUUUUCAAAGUAUUCAGAUUGCAGCAGAGCUGCUGAACAAUUAAAGAAUAAUCCACGGCACAAGGGUUACCUGGAACAAGUAUCCCUGAGGCAGCUAGAGAAGUUAUUCAGUUUUUUACGAGGUCACUUGUGGGGGCAGAGUUUGGCAGAAACAAUGGAACAAAUUCAACGGGAAACAACCAUUGAUCCUGAGGAAGACCUGAACAAACUAGAUGACAAGGAACUUGCCAAAAGGAAGAGCAUCAUGGAUGAACUUUUUGAGAAAAAUCAGAAGAAGAAGGAUGAUCCAAAUUUUGUGUAUGAUAUUGAAGUGGAGUUCCCACAGGAUGAACAUCUACAGUCCUGUGGCUGGGACACAGAGUCAGCUGAUGAGUCCUGAUAACGAAACACGAAGAGAAAACUAUCGGGUAGCAGGAAAUCCCUGUUUAUACAAGACCAUAGAUUGGUUGUAGAAAAAUCUGUAAAGAACACUCUACAUAUUGGGUCACGCUUGGAUUGACCAUGUUAUUUUGCAAAACCAAGAUGUGUAGAGCAUCUGCUAUGUGGGUGCAUGUGGAAAUAGGAAAAACAAUGCAGGAAUCUUCCUUUAAGGAGCUUACAGUCUAAUUGGAAGAUAAGCGAAAGCUUGUGAAAAGCUAAUUUAAUGGUAUUAGGCAGCAAAAACAUUAGAUCCAAAUGCUUGCUGAAGGCUAGAGGGAUCAGAACCUGGGUUACUGUAGGGUAGAAUAGUCAGGGAGGACUUUGCCUGGCCCCUGAAGUGGUAGUAUUUGGAUAGAAGCUUAUAUAGGGUUCCAGAUUAGCGAAACUGGGAGGAAAAAAAGGGAGAUGUUACAGGGGAUUGGUAAAGAGAUAGGGAUUAGAACAUUUUGUUUGAGGAACAGUAAGCAAAUUGUAGUUUGAUAAGGUCAGAGGGCAUAUGUGGUUGCCCAGGGAUUAGCCUGUGUGCAUUGGCUUAUCCGAAUGUAGCCCUGGAGUAGAAGAGUGCCCCUGCAGAAGCCUUGCAGCUGCAAGUGGAGGUGAUUUGAUGGACAGCAGGGGAAUUCUGCCCCCUCUCCCUGCCCCAGUAUCAGGAAAUACAUACUAAAGACAUUCUGAAACCCUGAACCUCUUGCCAUAAAUAAGAGGUUUGUUCAUAAAAUGGGAAAUCUACCCAUAGUAAAUGAACAUAGGUACUGCCAGUUUAGGCCUAUUCAUGAGUCUGUAUCUCCAAAGAGAAGAUCUUUGUUGAACAAGGCUAUAUGUAUGCAGAUAUAUCUUUCUUCAUAUUAGAAUAUUAUUUAAUUGGUAGAAAUCCUCUGUUUUCUGUAAGGAAAUUAAUACUUAUUAAAUUAAAACUGUGAAAGUCAUUCAUUCUUUCUACCUGUCCAUCCCUACUCUACCAUUAAAAGCCUCAUUAAAGAGAUUGUUCUUACAGUGAUACCACCAAGGACUUAAAAUGGCCAUGUCUCAAAUGUAUAUUUGUCAAAGGUGGCAAAACAAAUUUCAGAACUGGAGAUCCUUCCAUAACUACAUAGUGUUUCACUGUAUAGAUGUAGAUGAUCUAUUUUACAAGUUGACCUUAGGUUGUUUUCCCCUUUCACUAUUCACAGUAAAUAACCUCAUACAUUCCCUAUUUUGCUGAGCUAAAAAUGAUGCCUGGAGGGGAAUUGCUGGGCAUGUGCAUUCCUGAACUUUAAUAGAUAUUGCUAGAUUGUUCUCCAAAAAGUUUCAUUCAUUCAUUCAGUAAUGUACUUAAUAAGCACAUGCAACAUGCUGAGCCCGCACUCUUCUAGAGUCUGGGGAUGCAGCGUGCACAGCAAGGUCCUGCCUUUACAAGGUGACAGGCGGCUGGGAGAGGAGAGACAAUAGACAUUCAUAGGAUGAUGUCAUAGGAUAAGUGCGCAGAGUUAAAAACAGGGCAAAAAGAGAAUGAUGGUAUGGGCGCCACUGUUUUUGAUAGGGCCUUCAGAGAAGACCUCACUGAAGAGGUGACAUUUGAGCAAAGGCCUGAAGGAGGUAAGGAAAAAUUCGUGCAUUUCAGUGGUAGUGGAGAAUGGUAAGUGCCUAGGCCCAGGGCUGGAGUGUGCUUGGUAUGUUUGAGGAAGGGUAAAGAGGCCAAUAUGGCUAAUGCAGAUUGAGCAAAAGAAAAGCGAUAUGAGAUGAGGUUGGAGUGUAUUUUACCAAUGCACAGUACACACCAUGAAGGUUGUGGCAGCUUAAACUAUCAGCAACACGUAAGAGUCCCUGUCUUCCCCACGUGCUCAUCGACAGUUAUCAAACCUGAUCUUUGUCAGUGUUACAAUUUAAAAAUGGUAUCUCAUAGUUUUAAUUUGUAUUUCUUUUAUUAUGAGUGAGACUGUCUUCAUAUACUUUUUAUGAGAUAAGCCAUUUUUUUAUGAAAUAAAAACUGUUA